AUGGAGUGGUUGAAUAAUAAAUCAACAUGGACUCUGUGUUGGCAAGCAUCUCGACAUGGUUGGGCAGCGUCUACUUUUCAUACAAACUGUGAUUUUAAAGGACCAACUGUGACGAUUGUUUCCGUAGACGCAGGAAAAUAUGUAUUUGGUGGAUACAGUGAUAUUUCAUGGGAAGGUAUAUAGACUAUACAUAAAAUUUUAGAUUGAGCUGAACCGAAAGGAUUUUUACUGAAAUUUACAGCUUUUCAUACGUCUCUAUAGGCAUGUAUAUUAAGUUUCUAAGGUAUACAUCAUGAGAUACGCAUGUUAAACAUUACAUGGAAUAACUAUUGAUUCUUUAGAUUAUUCGAUGCCAGGGGCGCACAUUCGAAAAAAAUUUGGGGUGUCCUAUGUUCUGGGACCGACUUUUGUAGUAUUGGUAAGAAAAGCCAACUACUUAAAGCGCAUAGACGGUAAGACGGUAAGACAGAACUUUUGCAGUGGGCUAAACUUUCGGAAGGGGGGGGGAAUUUAUGGAUUUCGAGUGCGAGCGCCGUAGGCGCGAGGAAAAUUUUGAAUUUCUAGAUUCAUUAGAACGCUAUUUCACGUAUUUCAGGACAAGGUUUGAAGAAAACUUACAACCACAAAAAGGCAUUUUUAAGUCGCCUAAUGUUGUUAGAUCGAAAAAAUAUUUAUGUAAAACAUAGUUUUGUACACGCAAAUACAACAGCAAAAUAACAUCCUGUCUUCAUUUUUGUAGAAGUCGUUCAUGAGUGUUGCCUUGAGCGCAAAUUCAAGUUUAAAUGUGCUUUAAAGCAACCAUAGGCAUUUUUUACUGGAGUUAGGAUUCUAGGUAGGGAAGACUUCAACUUUUAUUGGCAAACAGAAGAGAUAGGUAUCAUUAUUCACACAUCGUACCCCCACCCCAAUUUCUGCCCGGAUUUCAGCUUUUCACAAGGGCAGUUCUUAUGCCCAUUGCAGAGCCCCCCGAGCCCCCAUCUUGGCUACGCCGCUGAUUUACUUCUGCCUUCCAAAGUUUCAGCUUUUACGACAAGACUAACAAUGCACAUUUUAACUGCACCGCGGGGGCUUGAGGUAAUCGGAUCGCAUUACGUUGGUUGAACUGUUGCAACACGGAAGUUGAUUAGUUGCUCUCUUGGUUUGUGUCAGUGAACUCUAAUUUGUGUAUGUCUAAUUCGUUUUUCUUUGUCUAAUUCGUCUUUCUUAUGUUUAUGCAACUUCCAUUUCCAGAAUGUCCAUUCAGGUUUUGGGACCGACUUUUUAGAUAUAUUUCACAAAACAUGGGGGGGGGGGUCACACCCCCACACCCCCCUAAUGUGCGCCCCUGUUCGAUGCAUAUGGUGCUGCCCAUAAUGAGGGUCCUGAAAAGAGGAGAGAGGAGGGUGUCUCUCGAGUCUGGAUUUCAUUUUCCAGCCGUUUUUUUUUACAAAAUUCCAAUUUCAACUGUAAACUUGAAGAGCAGUUGUUUUAUAUCUAUAUAUGUGUUGACUUAUUCUGCUUUCAAUAUUAAUAUAUAGCUCUUUUUAGCAUAACUUAACGAAAUAAAAGGUUUCAAGUCUAUAUAAAUAGCUGUCAUUUUCUGCCUAGUGCAUUGCAUAGAAAAAGUAAAUCACUGACACGAUGAACGAGCUAAAAUAACUUUGAGUCGGCUUCCAUGCAAGCAGACGUUUUAACCAAACACUCGAUCAAACAUUGCUCGAAUUGCAUAUCAUCACACCAUUGCGCACCCAUGCUUGUAAAUAUUUAUAACACUUGAAUAAUAAAAUAACAAAUUGUCAUUGUUGCAUUAUUAUAUGUUUUCUAGGGAUCAUGUAUGUACAGAAGCAAAGCUCUUCAGCCUUUUUGUUUUCACUUCGCAACAAGGAUGACUUGGAACCAUUCAAAUCUUUAAUCGCGCCUGGUUAUGAGCUUUGGGCAGUAUAUCAGAGUCCAUAUACUGGUCCAGCGUUUGGCCAAGACGGUAUAGAAUUGUACGUUUCUGACAAUGCACAAUUCUCAACUUGCGAAGCAAAUUUUGGCCAGGUUUUCAAACCUCCCCCUGGUUAUAAGUUCAAUAGAAAAACGACAAAAGUACUUCUAGGAGGAAAGGAAAAGUUUCUUCCAAGCGAAAUUGAGACUUACUACCUUGCUGACAAUUGA